AUGAGAACACCAAGCCAGCUGGUUUCUAUACCACCGGCUCAAACACGGUUCUUAGAAGAUGACGAGGUUGCAGAAGAAGAUGAGCGCUGGACGGAUCUACAAAUCGCAGCCAAAGAUGGCGAUUUAGCAAAGGUUGAGCAGCUCAUAUCUGAUGGUGCCGACAUCAACGCGCCACCUUCAGGCUACUAUGGAAAUACAGCUCUGCAGGCAGCUUGUCUUUUCGGCCAUGAAGAUGUGGCAAAGUGGCUCAUUGAGCACGGAGCGGACGUCAACGCGUCAGGAGGCAAUAACGGGUGUCGCACUGCACUCCAGCAAGCAUGUACAGCCGGAGUGAGAUCCCUUGUAACCUUGCUCAUUAAGAACGGCGCUGAAGUCAAUGCUCCGGCUGGAAGAUACGACGGAUGCACAGCUCUGCAGGCAGCGGCGGCUGAAGGCCACAUUGAGAUCGUUCGGUUGCUGUUGGACGGUGGCGCCGACGUCAAUGCCAAACCAGCUAAGACAGCAGGCGAGACGGCUCUUGUCGGUGCCACAUCCACAAACGAUGUCCAAAUCGUUGAGCUUCUUUUGAAGCAUGGAGCCGAUGUCAACGUCCCAGCAAUACGCCACAAGGGAAAGACUGCACUUCAAGCGGCUGCACUCAAAGGCAACAUCGAUAUGGUCAACAAACUGAUCGAUGCAGGCGCCGAUGUCAACCAGCAAGGCGCUUCAUUCAAGGGAGGUACAGCACUGCAUGCUGCGGCCGAAAAAGGCCAUGUGGAUAUAGUGAAGAGGCUUUUGGAAGCUGGUGCGGACAUUGACGCGGGCUCAGGAUGGAGAAACCAAUCUGCAUUGCAGAGUGCUGGCAUUUGCGGUCAAGACGCUGUUGUCGAUGUGCUUGUCAAAGCCGGCGCCUCGGGAGAUGCGGUCGGUGGUGUCAUUCUAUUCGGGUAG